AAAGGUCGUAAGCGUAAGAGAUUUUCUAGUAAAGACUCAAAUGCACCUAAGGCUCCACAUACUGGAUACGUCAGAUUUCUAAAUGAUAGUCGUGAAAAAGUAAGAGCAGAAAAUCCCGAUCUGCCAUUUUCUGAAAUUACUAAAAUACUUGGUACAAAAUGGAGCUCGCUACCGAUAAGUGAAAAACAGAGGUAUUUAGACGAAGCUGAAAAAGAUAAAGAGAGAUACCUUAAAGAAUUAGAGGACUAUGAAAAAAGUGAGACUUAUAAGACAUUUGUUAAGAAGAAUUCCUACAAGAGACAUCGAGGACGAAGGGAAGGGAAUUAUCAAUCUGACAAAAGAGAGGAUAACAGUGGACUUAAUAUUGGUACUCCAGUUUUUACUGAAGAAUUCCUAGACGAGAAUAAAGCACGGGAAGUUGAAUUACGUCAAUUACGAAAAUCUAAUGCUGACUAUGAGGAGCGUAACGCUAUCUUGAGUAAGCAUAUCGAACAAAUGAAAGAUGCCUUGCAAAAAUUAGAAAGUGAAGCGGAGCAGCAGAGAAAUCAUAAUAUAUUACUGGAAAAUCAUUUGGAAGAUUUGCGGUCAUCUCUAGUACAUUGCUUCACUAAUAUUGAAAUUCCUGGGAUCGAUAGCCCUCCAUCAAUUAAUACAAUUGAUGCAUAUAUGAGCAAAUUACAUGAAGUCAUACUCGAAAGUCCUCAUCAGCAUUCGGAGCUUUUAGGAUUAAUUCGAGAUACUAUUAGCAAAAUUGAUUUUCCGAGGUCGGUUUAA